AUGUCGCGUGGGAACGUCCGCCGCGAUGACUAUGGUCUCCGAAAAGAUCUACGCCAGCGCUUAGGCUUUGCCGAGGACAUUGACGAGACUCCGGAGGCUUUCACGGAGCGGAACAAUUUGAUUCGGGCUUUAGCUCAAGUGAGGUCAUUGACUAAGAACCUCCGAUAUGAGUUGGAUCUGAAUGGCUUUCUCCAGUCAGAGCUCGAUCGACUGGUAAGCCUCCUGGAAGGUCAGACAUCUUCAGCUACCGCUCCUCUGGGCGGUCUCCAAUUCCAGCUUGUGGAGCAGGCUGGUGAACAACCGUACUGCAGGGAAAAUCCCAAUGGUGUUCACUACGCUACUCCAUCCCACUGGCUGGUACGGGGAUGGAUACCCAAGGCUUGCAUCGUGGCACGCCUUACGCUGGAAGAGUUUGAGAAAUACUGUGUCGACAACAAGGUCAUCACUAAAGAGGAAGGUGUGGCGUCCUUUGAUCCUUUGUCGAGGUUGCAGCUGUCUGAACUGACUCUGUCCCCUAGCCGAAAGGAGCAGUGCAAUGUGCGAGAUUCGGCCUUCGUUAUCGAGCCUUCUUAA